GCCUCUGCAACCACAUCUCAUCUCGCUCGCUCUCACUUCCACCAGUACAAGCCCAGUAGCCCGACAGAACCCUGUACGUCUGAUCGACUCACCAUGUCGACGGUGACCCGUGCCUACCUGGACCAGAGGCUCGCCAUGGCCAAGCGCUGCUCCAGAGAGGCGACGCUCGCCGGAGCCAAGGCGGCGGCCGUCGCCACCGUCGCAUCUGCAGUCCCAACGCUGGCGAGCGUGCGGAUGCUGCCGUGGGCCAAGGCGAACCUGAACCCGACGGGACAGGCGCUCAUCAUCUGCACGGCGGCCGGGAUGGCCUACUUCGUCGCAGCCGACAAGAAGAUCCUCUCGCUGGCGCGGCGCCACUCGUUCGAGGAGGCGCCCGAGCACCUCAGGAACACCUCCUACCAGGGCGCCGCCCGCCCGCACCCGGCCUUCUUCAGGCCUUGAUCGCUGGUGCCGUGUGCAUGCCCGUGUCCUCGAUGCCCAGGCUCAGUGUUCUCAGAGAAAGUGUAAUGGUAGUGCUUGGGUUAUUAUUGUGAUGUAACUACUACUACCUUCUUGAAUCAUUAUUGAUGCUGCCUCCAAAUAAUUAACUAGCA